UGUGAGAAUACAUAGCAUAGUAUUUACAAUCUUGUAAAGCCACUAGUACGCGCAGCAUUUCGGGCAGGUCCUUAAUCUAACAGAUAAUUUUAAGUAGGUAAAUUCAAGCAGAAUUGAUAAAAUGAUAAUGAUAUUUUUAAAUGCUAAUGUUUUCUGGCCAUAGAGUGCAUGUACUAAAUUCCUAAUUCGGUUUGAACAAUAUUCUGUAAUAACUCCUCUCUUAGCUAAACUCUAUCGUAAUUUCUCUCUGUUGGUUGGAUAUUGUUCUCUCAAUAGGUGUUGGAUAAACUGCUAAAUUUUAAAAUCCAGGUCAAUAAAAUAAUGAGGACAAAUGUGGAGGGGGGAGGACCUUUGACAAGCCGACGGAUUCCUGUCCUCGUCGAGGCCACUAGAUAGUGGUCCUCAAGUAAAUUCAGGCAAAUUUAGGUAAAACUGCAGAUCCCGGGUCAAGUGUACGGGGAAUGGCAGUUACACACUAUAAGAGAGCUUUACUUUUACAGUGUGGGUUAUUACGGGAUCACCAUCACCAUAGUAGCUAAAUCUUUAACAACAACAACAUACAGUGUGGAAAUUUAAUAGAUUAGAAAUAAAGCCAAACAGCAAGAAAUGGUGCAUGAUUUUGUUGUUAGUGGUAAAUCAAGACACAAGAAAUGACUAGGUUCAUCACGAUUUUAAUUAAAAACUUUAAAAAUCUAUGUAACUAAAACAUUAGUGCAUAGCUAAUAUCUCUCCAAGGAAACUUUUAACUAAAGUUCAUCUCUGAGGUUAGUUUAGUUAGUAUAUUAUGGACCCCAUCCACAUUAUAUUUGCUAUUUUUAAAAUUCCCGCCUAAUGCUUCCCGCACUAUUUUGAAUAUGCCGCCUUCUGCUGCCGCCCGAGGCGAGCGCAGUUCAGAAGGUUCUUUCAUGCUAAACAAUAAAAAUUUGUGGUGAAUACGAUUCAGCUAAUAAAAAGUGAUUCUAGUAUGAGGUACCUAUGAAAUGCUGAUAUUUAGUAAAUAAACACCAUCCACUUGCAGGGUCGAUGUUCGAUCCUCGAUGGUACCAAGUGGUUGGGCACCAUUCCCUCCACCUGUCCUCAUAUUUCAGUACCUUGUUCUCAUAUUCCUUCCAAAUGCUAUAUUGUCUUACUCUCUAAGCGCUUUCUUCUGAUAAUUAUCUUACCUUAAUGAAAAUCACAUUUACUAAUUAGGAUAAGUUUCACAAUAUUGGGACACGUAAUAUUGCAUUUUUUGACAUAUCCGGUUUUCCAAGACAUAUAGUCUUAUAUUUUCUUAUCCAUGUCCCAGCAGUGUAUCAAGUGUGAAGCGAGGGAUUAGGAAGGAGCAAAAGAUCUUAUCGCUGUUAUCCAAAUCACAGUUAAGCUGAUAAAGAUGUGAGAAUUCUCUCCACUUAAGCGCUACAAUUAUAUUUUCUGCCGUAAAUAUAUAUACAUAUAUGAUAAUUUACAACCACAAGGGUCUUGCAAAUGAGAACAUUCAAUGGUUUUCUUAGAGUAGAAGUUAGAGGUAACGUAGUGGAAGUCCUUCCUCGAGGCAGACACCUUGCAUCUCAGAUGAUACAGAAUAUCUCCCUUAUCGUCUGACAACAUAAUCUCAGACGAGAGAAGUGGGUGGCAGUGCUUCCCUAACAAUGCUUACCUAACAUUGACUACGGACGAGUGAAGUGUAGCUCUUUGUGUCACUUGUACCACGUCUCUAGUGGCCGCGGCGAGAAUAGAUAGCCGGCGGCUUGUCAAACCCCCCUCCCCAUUUUUCCUGAUACUUUUAUCCAGCUGGAUUUUGAGCUGCAGCAAUGAUUUGGUAUUUACGGCUUCGGCGGGAAGGCUGGGCCAUCAGUUUAUAAGCCUAUGGCUGAAAGAGUAUCUUUUGUUUUCGGCGCUACAUUGUUGGGCUUGAAGUUGUUGUUCCGUCUAUAUACUCCAGUUGACCUUUUAAAGUUUAAUAGACUGUAGAGUCAAUCUUGUAUAUUCCUAUCAGUGUCUUCUCUGUUGUGAUCUAGUCUCUUCAGUUCCAUCUCUGAUGGUGUUACUGGGGGAGGUGGGGAGAAGAUGGCUGUGGUGGUGGGGGAGGAUUCCGGAAGAAGGAGGGGCGGCGGGGGAGGUAUUGGUAGGUAGGGAGGGGGUGACUGUGGCGGUGAUGGUGAUGGGGGUCGACAGUGGUGUCUCGUCGUGUGUGAGAGGCAGGUGCACACAAGCGCUGCAUGGUUACAUAACUGCUCCACCAUCAAACAUAACUGCUCCACCAUCAAACAUAACUGCUCCACCAUCACUAGUCACAAUAACUCACCGCCAGGGACCUCUCCCCACACACACAGACAUAACACCUUUCACCUCCAAACUAUAUAUUAUAUUCCGACCAAUAUUCACACACACCAGAAAGUGGGUUCAUCAGUGAUUGAAUUUGUGAUAAAGAUGCACUGAAGAAAAUGAGCAUUUAAUGAAACACUAAAGAAAAGGAACAUUUAAUGAAAACAUUCAGUCAUUGCCGACAAGUUAAUCCGAAACAUUACAGCUGACUGUGUCUUUUCUAAACAAGAACUUGAUUCCAUACAUAUUUAGUUUGACUCUCCCAGAUUCCAGGAUGGUUUUCUGUGGCACUAACCCUGAAAGAAGACAAAGCAGGGAAUUGGAAAAGAAAAUAUCUUCGUGGAUGAAAGAAUACAAAAAAGCCAUAAAAAUCUUGUUGUUGGGUGCUGGAGAGUCAGGCAAGACAACUAUCAUCAAACAAAUGAAGAUACUCCACAUAAGUGGCUUCUCUCCAGAAGAGAAGACGGAGAAGGCGCAAGACAUUCGCUCCAACAUCUUGGAGGGCAUCACCACGCUGACCAGGAACCUGGACGCCUUGGGCAUCAGGCUUGGCAAGGAGGAGAACCAGCACGCCAGGGACUACAUCUUAGACAUUGACCCCGAAGACUUUCCCUUCCCCGAGGAGUUCUACGACCACACAUCUCGACUGUGGAGCGACCCGGGCAUCCAAGAGGUCUACUCCCAGCAACACCGGUUCCAGCUCAUUGACUGUACUAAAUAUUUUCUCGACAUGGUAGACGUCGUAAGGAAACCUGAUUACGUACCAACGAUCCAGGACAUCCUACACAGCCGGAGACGCACCACGGACAUCCAGAAGAUUGAGUUCGAGGUGAAAGUCCCGAAGAAGUACGGAGGAGGCGCUCUCAACUUCUGGAUGUUCGAUGUCGGAGGCCAGAGAGGGGAGAGAAAAAAGUGGAUCCAGGUCUUUGACGGGAUCCAGGCGGUGUUGUUCCUGGUGUCCGCCAGCUGCUUCGAUCUCGUCAUUCGGGAAGACGAACUCACCAACCGUCUUCAAGAGUCCAUCGACAUCUUCCAGAGUAUGUGGCACUCCAGGUUCCUUAAGAACUCUGGCUUCAUCGUCUUCUUGAACAAGCAGGACAUCUUAAGAGACAAGGUGGUCAACAGGCACAAGUGUAUCGGGGACCACUUCCCCGAGUACACUCACUACGUGCUCCAGAGUAAAGACCGUGACAGUGAGGAGGACGAAGAGUACCUGAGGACCCGGUGUUUUAUAAGAGACAAGUUCCUUGCUAUCUCCCGACAAGUUGUGAAGAGAGAGGGCCGGCGCCUGGCGCCAGGUUUCAAGCCGCUGGAGGAGCAGGAGUCUUCCAGGGAAUGCUACUGUCACUUCACCAUCGCCACUGACACCAACAACGUCAGAAUAGUCUUCGAAGACGUCCAUAACAUGAUUAUUAUGUGGAACCUGCACGAUAUUGGCGUCAACGUUUCCUAGCUGUCGGGUUCUGACGAAGUUGAUGAUCACACCCCCUUCCCCCCUAACUGAGUGAGCGAGUGGUGCAGUUCUUGUCGACUCUUCAGUAACAAAGGACAUCAUGGAGACGAGUGUUGAUGGUAGUUUAGUCAUCAUGAAGUUUCCUCAGAGCUCUGAGGAAACUGACAAGGAAACCCGUUUCAAGAUUUUCUGGAACUGGUUUCCCCACAAUGUGAUGCUUCUUACACGCCCUGUAUACACCACUACGACAUAUUUCUCUUAGAUUCAUCCUAAUACUGUAUCAAACGGGAUAAUACAUCACUUUCGUGGGACAAUACAUCACUUUCGUGAGCCGAUUUCAUAAGAUUACGUCCAUUUUUGGACAUAGCGCGCAGCCUAGCGAAAAGCGACGUUAUUUGCUGUGACAUCAACACCAGGAUUCAUUAAACAUUUACGUGUCCACUUACGAAAUCUGUACAUCUUUCUUCCACCAUGGCAGCCCUGUUUACGUUUAUUAGUUUAUAAUCUCGGAAGCGCUACGAGGUUGUUUAUAACAAUAAUAACUUUGGGUUGAGAACGACCUCGUAACGUUUCGAAGUUUGUAAACUGUUUAACAAAUAUAAACAAAGCCGCCAUGACUGAGGAAAGAUGAACAGGUUUCGUCAGUGGUUGCGUAAAUGCGUGAUGAUUCCUCCUUCCCCACAUACACACAUAUAUGUUGUUCAUCACGCAAAGAAAACUUAAGUUUACUGAAUAAAUCCACAAGGGCCGUGACGAGGACUCGAACCUACGUCCGAGAUCAUCCCAGACGCUGCCUUUACCGACUGAGCUACGACAUUGUGAUUUCUGUGUGUCUUAAGUUUACUUCCUGUGAAUGAUAAAUAAUGUCACAACCUGACUGGUUUGUGCGUAUUACGAAUGAUUGAUGGAGGAGGUACCGCAGCGCUCGGGUCAGCACAGGUCAGCACACACACACACAGCACCGCUCAGCACAGGUCAAAACACACACAGCACCGCUCAGCCCAGGUCAACACACACACACAGCACCGCUCAGCACAGGUCAACACACACACAGCACCGCUCAGCACAGGUCAACACACACACACAGCACCGCUCAGCAUAAGUCAACACACACACACACAGCACCCCUCAACGCACAGUAUGACUGUUACUCACAGACCAGGCGCUAUUUUCCUGUGCUGGAGGACGACACUGAGCCAUUACUCGCAGCUGUCAUCUCUUCUGACACACAUUAAACACAGGAGGCAGCGUGUAGUGUCCCACCUGCUUGUGUUUACAUAGAUGGCGCUGGCGUCUGUGUUAUGAAACGCAGCGCCUGAAUGCAGCCAGUAAUCAAAAAACAAAAAAAUAUCUCUUUCAUGAAAUAACUAGUCAGAUCACAUGUAAUUUGUAUAAAUAAAAAAAUUAUUAUUAUUAAUACGAGGAAGCUGCAUUGGUUGCCGUCUAUAAUUAGUGCCUCUGACUGACUGUAUUAAUUAAUCACAAUCUGUAGUAACCUUGUGUACCUUCUUGUAUAUAAAUAAAUAAAUAAAUAAAUAAAAAAUACACCUGUGUUCCAAAUACUCAAAAACUAAAGUAAUUGUCACGCAGUUAAGGAUAUAUGUUUGUUCAAUACCUAUCAUUCUCGGUCGACUUGUUAGAUGGACAUUUUUGUAAAUACAAAUAUGAUUUUA